UUAGCUAUGGAUCUCCAGGAAUAUUGGUCAUAAAUAUUGAUUUGCAUUGAUUGUAUUGGUCAUAAAAAAAUAAAUUGUCACACAAUUUUUAAAUGGUUAACGAAAAAGUGGGUCAUUCUCAUCGUUCAUAAGAAUAUUGUUGUCAGACAGGAGCUUGGACGAAAGUGGUGAGAGUGCAAAGGCAUUUCUCGAGGCAAAUAAACUACAGCUCAACGAUGUUGUUCGGCAACGAGAUUAGGAGAGCCAUACCAAUCGUUUGAUCAUCUUUGAGGAGUAAAAACCGCGCGAGAUCCGUUCGUGAAUCAACGAAUUAUAUUCAGUCAAAAUGCGUUUGGUAAUUGCGAUUAUUUUGGUAAAUGCCUUGAUUGUCUUAACGGAAGCUACUGCAACUUCAAACAGUGACCUUCCACCAUUGAAAAUUGACAAAAAUUUACGUCAAGCUUUAUUAAAAGCUCUUGAAGAUUUAGAAACCGAAUCAGCUGAGCAAAAAGAUUCACUAACACCAGAAGAUUUGUUAAAGAAAUUGCAAGAGCAACCAAUUGAACCUGAGGAUUCUACAACUGUUCCGAACAUAGAGGAUCGUCAUGCUGAUGAUGCUUUUAUAACAUUUGAAAAAUAUCCCGGAGAUUGUACUGAAAAUGAUUCAAAAGACGAAGAAGAUAAACUACAAAAUUCAUCAUUUGAGACGGAAAGAGUAAUUGUAAAUGAUUUUACAAUAUCGAAAGACCAAGCUCCAAAACUCGAAAAAGUUGUAUUUCAAAAGUAUGAUAAUAAUCAAUUAAAUAAUAAUCAACCAUCAUCAACGAUUCAAAAAAAAAUUUCUGAGUCUGAAUCUGUUGAAAUAGAAAAAAUUGAAUCUAAAAGUUUUAAAAAUGGUAUUUUAUCUAAUAUAAUUGAUGAUACACCAAAACAUAAAUCUUUAAGUCACGAAAAAGAUGGAUUAGCUACAAGUUCAAGUAAUGGAAUAGCAUCAGUAAAUGUUUUAAUAUCACCAAGCCCAACAGCUGCAAGUUUAGUUGCGAAAAAUACUAGCACCCAAGUGUUACAAUCAACAACAGAACGGCUUUCUUCAACGGAGUCAGAGAAGAAAGAUAGUUCUGAAGUGAACAUUUACCCAGUGCCUUUGGUUGCAGCAUUUACAGUUCAACAAGAUGAGCGAGGUAUUGCUAAGAGUGUUGUUCCUAUUUAUAAACCUAAUGGUCUUGAUGCACUAACACUUCAAGAACAGUUGGAAUUCAAACAGAAAUUAUUAGAAAAACAAUUAGCAGAACUUCAAGAACAACAGUAUCACCAAACACAAUUUUUAUUGAGACAACAACAACUUUAUCAAGAGCAACAAAGACAAAAGCAACAACUCUAUUAUCAAGAGCAAGCAAGAUUGAAGUUACUUGAAGAACAAAAGUAUCAUCAAUUAAAACAACAAUCCUUACAAUCACAGGUAUCACCCCUUCAACAACAACAACAACAACAAAAACUCCAACAACAACAAUUAUCCUUACAAGCUCAAGCAUUAUCUCAACAACAGCUGCCUCUGCAAGCUCAAUCGUUACCUCAGCCAUUGGCUUUACAGGCUCAGACAUUAUCGCAGCAAAUAUUACCUUUGCAACAACAACAACAAAAACAACAGUUAUCAGUACAACAGCCCCUCGGCGCUUUUUCUCAUCACAAUCCUUUGUCGUUUCAACUUCCAGCAAAGACAUCGAAUGUUCAGUUUCAACCUAGUUUAGCAUUUCAACUACCAAAUACUAUAACACCUCCAAAUUUUAAUCAACAAAUCCAUUUAGACAGGUAUAAAUUACCUCAGGCGGCUUCACAUCAAUCACUUUUACUCCAAAAUCAACAGACAUUGCCAAGAUUGCAAACAAUACCGCAAGAGCAAAAGUUUCAACAAACUUUUGAAUUUCAACCAUCAGUAGCUACAAGAUUUAAUCGCCAAGAAGGACAUGAGUCCGUGGGAAAUUUUGGAAUAAAUGACAACAGACAACUACCAUCAAGAAAUAAUGCCUUUUUAGAAUUACCAAGCCGAGUACCUGCACAAUUUGUCACACCAUUCAAUCAGUAUAGACAUCGACCUUCACCAUCAGCUGCUAAUCAGAUUCAGCAACUUUUAUAUCAAUCUGGAGUAGCUGGUGAUUUUGGGAAAUACCAAGGAAAUAGUAAUCCAGAAGACUUAAACAUUGUUUCUAAAGUAUUGGCACUUAAUGUUGGCGCAGUUCCUGCAAAAAGUAUUAACAAAGAUUUCUUUGGAAGAGCGUGAAGACGCCAUUGCCACUGCUACCGCCGUAACAUUGCAAUUGAUUCAUCGUAUUUAUUUUAUCAAGGAAAAAGUUAAAAGAAUCCGUGAAAGCAAAACUCAUGUUUGCCAACUCAUAUAGUUUCUCUCUUAUUUUUUUUUUUUUUUCGUCACAAUGUCUUUUAUUUAUAUUUUUUUUUUAAUAUAUUUUUAAAUUUCAUUAAUAUAACAUGUAAGUAUGUGUAUGUGUAUGUCUGUGUGUGAUAGAGAAAUAAUACCUUUUACAUCGUCGUUAUUGUAAUAAUGAUAACAAGGAAGCUGCCAUCGUCAACAUUAAUGAUAUUAAUUAGAAAAAGUCACUCGGGAAGCGUACAUUCUUUCUGAGAGCAAAACACGGGAAUCCUUCUGUUUAUAUAUAAUGUAAACCUCUAGGAUUACCGUACUUUUAAUAGACUACUUUAGGAUAAAAGCAGUUACAUAAACAAUUAGGUUGCUUUGUACAACGACGUAAUUACUUUUCUCACCAUGAUUUUUUUUUUUUUUUCAUUCUUUUUCAAUUCUUAUUUUCUUAUUAUUUGUUCCUUUUAUCAAGAUGAUAAUGUUUUGUACUGUGGACGAUGAAACGGUUAAUGAGAAAUUGGAAUAAAAUUAAUUACUUUUUAAGUAGGCUGAAAGAUGUAGCGAAAUGAUUGUAAUAAUGUUGAUGAUGGUGGUGAUUCCUACAAACAAUUAGUCAACUGAUUUAAUCAACUAACUUGCGAUUAAAUACAAAAGAAUACGCAAUGCGUGGUAACGUGCUCAAAAAAAAUCUAUCUUUGUAAAUCUUAUAUAAUUUUAAUUCAAAAAUGUAUCUUUAUUUAUGAUUAUUAAUAGUCGUCUAUUGUACAGUUGUUAAAUGAUCUUUAGACGCCAAGGUUAAAGGUGAUUUGAUGUGAAACAUGCGACGAUUUGAAAUUGAAACUAAAACUUUCUCUGCACUUGCCGUUAGGAUUGCGGGAGUGUACGAUCUUACACGAGAAUUGAGCUGCUGUUUCAAGAAGAUUCACCGCUAACUAUAGUAAACUAAACGGAUACUAAUAAGUGAAACGUCCUCAAUUUUGAAAACACCUUUGGCAUAAAUUUUAAAUUUCUCUCAUUCAGUGACAUAAAGUAAUCACUUUAUUUUACUUUUCUUUCUUCAUUUUAUAUACCGAUUAUUUUAUUUUUUCUUAUACCAAAAUAUUAAAAAUUCUUUUUAGCUUACGCAAUCGUUAUAUGUAAAAGAAUUCACAUCUUUUUCCUUUGGGAAAGAAGUUAAU